GAUGACGUGUCGGCUGGGCUCGCGUCGGCUGGGUGGUUCUCGUGGCUCGCUGCAGGCCGGCACGGCGUGCUCCGCCGCCAGCGAGCUCGACCUCUCUUCGCGCUCAAGACGCUUACACAAAGCCAGAUUAAAAUUGCUGGGUGCUAGCGGAGAGGCGCCUCUCCUCAGUGGGUGGCGUAGCACGCCGCACACGCCCGCCACGCCUGCACCGCAUCACUCCCAUAACCAUCUCGCUACACCACACUGCAACGGCACCGAUAGUGGAAGCAGAGGAGGUCUCCGCCGACGGUCGACGUACACCAGCGGGCGAUUACGCUCGGGUCCGCACUGGUCCUUUGUGUUCGACCCCGCUGGCCGCUUGUGCUACUACUGGUCCAUGGUCGUCUCUCUCGCCUUCCUUUAUAACCUUUGGGUCAUCGUGUAUAGGUUCGCUUUCCAAGAGAUAAAUGGAGAGACGCUGAUAGUGUGGUUUUGUUUGGAUUACUUCUCGGACUUUCUUUAUUUGGCGGAUAUUUUGUUUCACUUUCGGACGGGAUACUUAGAAGACGGGGUGCUACAGACUGACGCGGCGAAGCUAAGAGCGCACUACAUGAACUCAACCACGUUUUACAUAGACUGCCUUUGCCUGUUGCCGCUGGACUUCCUAUAUUUGUCCAUCGGCUUCAACUCCAUCUUGCGCUCUUUUAGACUGGUGAAAAUAUAUCGGUUUUGGGCGUUUAUGGACCGUACAGAACGGCACACGAACUAUCCUAAUUUGUUUAGAUCAACAAGUUUGAUACAUUAUUUAUUAGUGAUAUUUCAUUGGAAUGGGUGCUUGUACCAUAUAAUAUAUAAAAACAAUGGGUUCGGUAGUAAAAACUGGGUGUAUCACGAUACAGAGACUGCGGACGUAGUGAAACAGUAUCUGCAAAGUUAUUAUUGGUGCACGCUGGCGCUUACAACGAUAGGUGAUCUACCUCGGCCACGAAGUAAAGGAGAGUACGUGUUCGUGAUAGCGCAACUGCUGUUCGGGCUGCUACUCUUUGCAACUGUGCUGGGCCACGUCGCGAACAUCGUCACAUCCGUCAGUACAGCCAGGAAAGAGUUUCAAGCAAAACUAGACGGGGUCAAGACGUACAUGAGAAUGCGGCGGGUUCCGACACACUUGCAGGUGAAGGUGAUCAAGUGGUUUGACUACCUGUGGCUCACUCAGAAGUGUUCUGAUGAAGAGAAAGCAGUCUCUUGCCUCCCCGAUAAGCUCAAAGCGGAAAUUGCAAUCAACGUCCAUCUUGACACGCUGAAGAGGGUGGAGAUUUUCCAAAAUACUGAAGCCGGGUUUCUCUGCGAGCUUGUGUUGAGACUACGACCUGUUUUGUUCUCACCUGGCGACUACAUCUGCAGGAAAGGUGAAGUCGGCAAGGAGAUGUACAUAGUCAACCGGGGGAAACUACAGGUAGUCGGCGACAACGGAAAGACAGUGUUAGCAACACUCAAGGCGGGUUCUUAUUUUGGCGAAAUUUCCAUUCUGAACAUGGGCACGGCAGGUAAACAACUUGGCAACCGGCGGACAGCGUCUGUGCGAUCCGUUGGCUACUCGGACCUGUUCGUGCUGAGCAAGAAGGACAUGUGGGACGUGCUCAAGGAGUACCCCGCCGCCAGAGUUCGCCUCGAAGCCAUAGCAGUCAAGAGACUUGAGAAAUAUAAAAAAGCACCUCUUGAAAAAGUGGCGAUGGGUCGGUGCCAGUCCACGCCGGGACUGGUGGAAACGAGCGGGCGCGUGCCCAUAGAGGAGAUGCAGCUCCCGCCCGCGCCGAUCCUUCCGCCGUUGCACUCCUCACACCCGCCUUCGUACCGGGACCAGCUAUUUAGUUCUUCUGUAAGCCCUCUUCGUGUAGCAUCACCAGUAGUGUCGUGUGCGUCAAGCGCCCGCAGCAGCGCGGCGGGCGGCGGCAGCGUAGCCGCCAGCAGUGUAGCCCCCAGAGUUUUUCUAGACUCCCACGAGGCUCUAGAGUGCGAGAUCAAACGAUUACGCGAACGCCUUUACACAGUUGAAACGGAAAAUGCCGCCAUGUCAGCCGAACUGAAUCAGCAGCGAUGGGAAGUACAUCACAGGUUGCAAGAAAUCGAGAUGCAGAUCUGUGGUGGCAGUUCGCUGAGCUCGCAGGAGGAGAACGAGCGGAAUCGAGAGAGCAUCAUUUAACGGCGCGCCUCCGCCCUGUGCGCGCCGGUGCCGCCGCGGCAGCGUCUGCCCGUGUGUUGACCACCUCUGAGCCCAUUGUAAACAAUCCUAACUUUCCCAUCGUAUGCUGCGAACUUAUUUAGUACGUGGACUUUAUCGAAGUGUUUUUAUGAUAAUUAAUAUUUAAAUACGAAUUAACUUUAUCAAAUUUAUAUACAUAUACUUAGUAUAUACGACUCGCUGUAAUUGACGAGUGUUCGUGGAGUGAGAUUUUGCCAAGACAAUAUUAUCUUUAAUGUUGUUUAAGUAUGUGGGAAUGUGAAGUGGAAGUGCGUGAGCCGCGGUGCGCCGGCGCCGCGCCGCCCAUAGUGCGGCAUCGCAUCAGCCCUAUAGGGCUACCGUCUUUAAAUUUUUAGCAAUUGUAUGUUGUACAUACUAUGUACGUACAUGAUUGUCUAUGUUUAACGAGUAUAAUUAUGUGUAAACGGUUAUUACAUAAAAGUGUAAUGUGAAUUAUUAUAUUGUUUAAAAUUAUUUUCCAGAAUUGUCAUUGAAAAAUUAAUACUUUUGUGAAGUUUAAAUAAAAAGUAUACCUACCUUUCAUCAACAAGCCAAAAAUUCUGUGCCAAAUUAAUUGAUAACUGAAUUACUAACUAUGGGAACUAUGUAUAUCAUAAUUUAUAAAUUGAAGCUUUAAUUAUUAUAGAAACAUGGAGGAUUUGAUACGCGAUUGCUUUAUUUUUAGUUAUAUUAUUUUAUUUGCUUUUUAUUAAGGAUAUAACGUAGGUAGGAUUUUGAUUGACAGUAAAUUUGAUAUAUUAUGUAUGAAUAUUCUUGAAAAUAUAAUUGCAUUCAAAAACAAGUUUGACCGGUGCAUGAUUUACAAUAGAAUGUUGUAAUUUGUUAUAUAAAAGUAUAUAUGUUAAGAUAAGUAGCUUAAAAAGUUUAGAGCAUACAUACGGAUUUAAUAAAUUAAAAUCACAACUGCCAAAUAAUAUAAGUAGUUAAAAAUGUUUUAAUGUAAAAAUAAUAAACAAGUGACGAUGUUUUGUACUUAAAUUCUUUAGGUAAGUGUACCUAUCCAAAAUUCGUUUAGAGAAUGUUAUUAUCAAUUAUCAUUGAUUCGUCUACAUUACGUAUAUUAUGUAAGUUUAAUUGUUGGAUCAUAAAUUUCAAAUAAUUUUGAGUCUUCUUUUUAUUGAUUAAAAUAUGGUCGUAACUAAUUUCCAAACGUACCAAGCAGUUAUUGAUUAUUCUUUGUAUAUGUAAUUAAUUGUAAUGUUAAGUGAAUAUGUAAAUAUUUACCUACAGUACGUAUUUGUAAGCUACUGUUUUUCAAAGGGAAAGGUUUUUUUAAGCCACGAGCUGCAAAUAUGACGUUGGAGGAAUGGAUAGGGGCUAUGUUGUGAGGAACAAAUUUUGUUUAACUAUAUAAAAUUAUGUAAGAAGCGAAACGAUUAUAUAAAAUGUAUGGCCACACUUCAUUAAAGAACGUUUAAUAUUUUGAAACAUCGAUUUAUAAAUCUCUGGUAUGAAAUGUUUGUACCUACUAUGUACAUUGAAAAAAUUAUCGGCAAUAUUUUACCGGUACCGGUUAAUUUGUAUGCCACCUGUGAGCCACCUGUAAUGAAUUGAUAUAGGUAAUAGAAGUAUUAUCUUUCAAUAUUUGUAUGAUUAUAUAGUUAAUUGUAAUUACCAUCAAUAAUAAAUAAAUCUUGAAGUGAUUAUUAUUUAUAAUUUAGUAACAUUCAUCUAUCUUUUGUUUGAAUUUAUCUUGAAAUAUGUCAAAAAUAUUUAAUAUGUAGAAAUAAUUGUACCUAUCAUUCAAAUUCAAACUUUCCUUUAUGUAGGUACGCUAACUACUCAUCAAUUUAUAGACUUUGUUAAUCUAAAAUGUGAAAAUCUUUGAGUACCCGCAGUUUUUUCAGCACUAUGCAGGUGAAUGCCUUUUUAUUAGGACGUUAUAGAAGCUGGAAUGGAAAAAUAAAAUGUUUAAAAAUAUUUAUUUACUGAAAUUUCACUGCAAGUGUGGCCAUAAUAACAAUGAACAAGAGUUUCUCAAAUAGUUUAUACAGUCCAUCAUAACGACGAUGACAUCAGCGAAAUAACGUAUAAUUAGUAAAAUCAUAGUUUAAUCAGUGGCUUCAUUUCCUAACUAACCAAAAAUAUAAUAGAUAGGAUACAAUUUUUAAAAUGUAAAUAGAAAAUUUAUUUAUUGUUAUUAUAUUCCAUAAAAAAAUUCUUCUUAUAUUUCUCGAUUAUAAAUUGGUAAGGUGCGUUAUGCGAUUGAAUACGAAGAGUGCUUUUCAUCAUGUAACAAUAAAUAUCCGACCGUGUAUAUUUUGUUCAUAUAAAAUGCUUUGAAAAUAUCUGUGAAUUAAAAAAAAAAGUUUCUUGACGCAGCGUCAAAUUCACACCUCUUACGUUCAAGCACAAUCAGUGCGACAACGCGUUUUCCUUCCUCGAAACAAAGCUUGCAACCACGAGAAAGAUGGGUUGUGAGAAAUUUAAUUAUCAAAUAGGUACCUUGAUAAAAUUAUAGAUCCAAAAAUCAGAAUCCAUUUCUUUUUUUUUUAAUAAACCGUUGUUUCACAGAUAUUUUUGGCAAAUGUACUGAAUAUUUUUACUUAAGCAAUCGUUACGCAAUUUAUUUAUCUUCACAGUGAAAAUAGGUUUUAUUAAGCGGAGAAGUAUAAUUAAAGGGGGUGGGAAUGUGAUUCAGUAAUAUUUCGCAGUUAUCAGGCUUGUGGAAUUAAAUUUGGGAAUUCAAUUAUGUAUGCACUCGAUUCAUUUUAUUGUUAAUAAAAAGAUUACGAUAAUC